GCAUGCUCUGUGCCCUGCUCCUCCUGCCCAGCCUGCUGACGGCUGCCAUGGGCAGCCCCAUUGUGGGCUCCCCGCAGUGUGCCCAGGGCUCUGCCGUGUGGUGCCGGGACCUGCAGACAGCAGUCAGCUGCGGGGCCGUGGGACACUGCCGUAGCACCGUCUGGAACAAGCCCUUGGCCAAGUCUCUGCCUUGUACUGUGUGUCAGGCUGUGGUGGCUGCCACCACCGGCGGGCUGGAACCCGAGGUCACAGGGACUGACAUCCUGGCUUCGAUGACAAAAACCUGUGAGUGGCUUCGCAGCCGGGAGUCCUCAGCCAGGUGCAAGCAUACGGUGAAGACCCACAGCUCGGCUGUCCUGAGCAUGCUCGACGGGGCCCCGGCUGCAGCGGCACAGGUGUGUGCUGGGCUCGUCCUCUGUGAGCCACUGCAGAGGCACCUGGCUGCCCCGGGGCCGUUCCCCAAGAAAGCAGCAGCCGAGCUGGUGGCUCCAUUCCUGGCCAAUGGAGCUCUCAGCUUCCACCCACCACAGGUACGUGGGGGCAUCGUGUGCCAAGACUGCAUCCAGCUGGUCUCCCAGCUGCGGGACACACUCAGGGCCAACCUGUCACUGGCAGAGGUGGACGCCCCGGGGCAGUGUGAGCCCCUGGGUCCUGGCCUGGGGCCCCUGUGCCGGAACUACCUCCACCAGGUCCUCAUCCCUGCUGAGCAGACCCUGAAGCUCCUACCACCACGGGCUGUCUGCCAAACUGGGGGCUUUUGCGAGGACCUGAGCGGACCUGCCCCGUCACCACUGGCUCAAGGGGAUCCCUCUCUGGAGCUGGUGCUGCCCAGCAGGAAGAGCGAGGUGCAGAUGGCCGCUGGCCUGACCUGUGAGGUAUGCCAGGACGUGGUCCAAGAGCUGGACCACUGGCUCCUAUCCAACAGCACUGAGGUCGCCAUCAGGCACGCCCUGGAGCGGAUGUGCCUCCUCCUGCCCACCUCCAUGGUCCAGCAGUGUGUCACCUUCGUGGACAACUACAGCCCCUCCCUGGUGCAGCUGGUGGCCGGAAUCACCCCGGAGAGGGUAUGUACAGCCAUCCGGCUGUGCACCCGACGCAGGUGGGCCCGAGCCACCCUGUCCCUGUCACCACGCAGAGAGGACGAGGAGGAGGGGGGCCAGGGCAGCUUCUGCAGGGAGUGCAGGCAGCUGCUGAGAGUGAGCGCUCAGAACCUGGAGCUGCGGAGCACGCGGCGUGACAUCCUCAUGGCCUUCAAGGGCGGCUGCAGCAUCCUGCCACUGCCCUACACAUUGCAGUGCAACCGCUUCGUCACCCAGUACCAGCCCGUCUUCCUGCAGAGCCUCAAGGCCGUCAUGGACCCCGUGGCCGUGUGCAACCAGCUGGGAGCCUGCCAUACCCCCAGCGCCCCGCUGCUGGGCACCGACCAGUGUGUGCUGGGCCCGCGCUUUUGGUGCAGGAGCCUUGAGGCAGCAGAAAUGUGCAAUGCCACAGGGCACUGCAAGCGCCUUGUGUGGAGGAAGGCGCCCCUCUAUGUGGGGAAGCACCCAAAGCCCAGCAUGCACAGGGACCCCUAGGACCAUGGACCCCGUACCCAUUUCACAGAUGAGAACCUGAGGCUCCAACCUGAAGAUCUCUGCUCCGUCGGAUGCAUGGGCCGCGCAGCUUUGCCGCUCCUGCCUUUGGAGGCCAGGAUCGUGCCCACAUGCACCCCAGCCAAGACAGCCUCUUGAACUCCAACACAGAAACCUUCGGGCAUCUUCACACCGCUGGACCGAGAGCUCAGAGCUCCAUCCCUUGGGGUCCCCAGGCUGCCACCCACCCCAUCCUGAGGUGCACUAGGAUGUGGGUACCUCCACACUUUUCCGGGGUUCAGGCUUCAGAGCAGGCCUGGACUGUUUCAGCCCACCCUGGGGGCACCCCGAAUCCCACCUAACUGCCACACAGACUCGGGGCCCUGACACGGAGCAGUCAGGUGCCCAUGGGAGCCUUGGGGAUAACCCAGGGGAUGGGGUGGGGGACUAGGACAGCCAGAACCUCAGCUUUUCCAUCUGUAGAAUAGGAGGCGCGCGUGU